AUGCCCAAAUUUGCACAUGACACCCUGAGCGUAAUGGAGGACUCCAGAGUUGUGGUUACCUAGCUGUGUUUUGGGAAUCCUGGGUGUCUGUUCCAGCCCAAGGCUGUGUCCUGUGGGCCCUCGGAGGGCAUCAUGUCCUACCAUGGCGGGGGCAGGAUGAUGGGCAGCCUGGAUUCAGCUUCCACAAUAUGUCUGCGGCUGAGCCAAGAGGUCAGGGCGCAGGUGGCGGGAAUGGGGUACCGCCUGGUACCUGAGUGUAGGUUUCCGGUGCUGGUGAGAGAUUCCAUCUGCGCCACCAUCCACUUCCUGAAGUCCCUGAAGCUGUACGGGGUGGAUCCGGCCCGUGUGGUCGUCUAUGGUGACAGCGCAGGAGGAGGGAUGGCAGCCGUAAUCUGUCAAAGCCUCUUGGACUAUCCAGAUCUACCGAAGAUCCGCGCCCAGGUGCUCAUCUACCCUGGCCUCCAAGGUAUUGAUUUCCAGUGCCCCUCGUAUCAGCAGAACAGGAAUGUCCCGUUGCUCAGCCUGGACUUCGCUUUCCUCUGUUUGAGCAGCUACCUGAGCAUCAACCCCGCCUGGAAGAGCAUCAUCCUGCAAAAUGCGCACAUGCCCCCUGCAGUGUGGGCAAAGUAUCAGAAGUGGCUGAGCCCAGACAACAUCCCUGAGAGGUUUAAGCAGAGGGGGUACCAGCCGAAGACCCCUGGGCCCCUGAAUGAGGAUGCCUACCAGGAGUGCCUCCUGGCCCUGGACGAGAUGGUCUCACCCCUGAUCGCCUCUGAUGACGUGGUGUCGCGGCUCCCGGAAACCUGCAUUGUCAGCUGUGAGCACGACCUUCUCCGGGACCACUCGCUGCUGUACAAGAAGAGACUGGAGGACCUGGGUGUCCCGGUGACCUGGCACCACUUGGACGAUGGCUUCCACGGGGCGCUGUCCUGCUUGGACAUGCCCUUCUUCAGCUUCCCCUGUGCCUGGAAGAUCCUGGACGCCACGGUCCGCUUCAUUAACAGCUUGUGA